UCGUCUUCAUAGUCUCGAUUCAUUUUGCGGUCUGCGGGCUCACUCGUCGUGGAAGCAGCAAGCAUUGUGGUUCGCAGAGCAGCCCUAAAAAAACACAAAACAAAGCAAAAUGUCUUCGGAAGUGACCAGCGACAACCCCAUCUAUGGCCCCUUCUUCGGUGUUAUGGGCGCAGCCUCCGCCAUCAUCUUUUCGGCUCUCGGCGCUGCUUAUGGCACUGCUAAGUCUGGUACCGGUAUUGCUGCCAUGUCGGUGAUGCGUCCUGAACUGAUCAUGAAAUCCAUCAUUCCUGUUGUCAUGGCGGGUAUCAUUGCCAUCUACGGCCUGGUCGUGGCUGUGCUGAUUGCCGGCGCGCUGGAUGAGCCCUCAAAGUACACACUGUUUAGAGGGUUUAUACACUUGGGUGCCGGUCUGUCGGUGGGCUUCUCCGGCCUGGCAGCUGGCUUUGCAAUUGGCAUUGUGGGAGAUGCCGGUGUCCGUGGCACAGCACAGCAGCCCAGAUUGUUCGUCGGCAUGAUCCUGAUUCUCAUCUUCGCCGAAGUGUUGGGUCUCUACGGUCUGAUCGUGGCCAUCUACCUGUACACGAAAUAAAUCAAUCAAUUCAACCACACAACAACAGCAAAUAGACAACAGCCCCAGCAGUCUGCGCGGCAAUACCAGCAGCCGCGGAAGAAUCGAAUCAGGUAACAUCAAUCGCAACAUCAGUCCGAGAGCAUAGCGCUUGCGGUGGCAGUUUUGGCGGCGUCCGUUUGUAUAUAGCAACACAGAUUCAACGGAGAAGAGAAGAAUAAAGUUCGUCGCCCGAGGAUUGCAAGGGUACCGCCGCGUGUUGCACCGCCGGACAGUGCCUGUUCGAUCCACUUUGGGUUGCUGGCGUCUGGUUUAGCUUAGUUAUUUUCCGUUCAAAUUCAACCUUUAACAAGGAAAACAAACAAUCUGCAGUUAAGUUCGUAAAGUUGUAAUAAUUAUGAGUUUUGCUAUAUCAAGAAAUUCUCCUCUUUUUAUCUUAUUAUUUUGCGCUCCACAUUUGUGUGCUCUUUGUUAUUUGUUUUUUCCAUUAUUAUUAUUAAAUAAUGUUUAGUGUAUAUGUAAAGUUCGUUAAAAAAAGAAAAACUGUAAAGAAUCAACCAACAAUUGUCAAAACAAACUUGUACAUUUGUAGGCGGCUUGCGGCAUGUGUCACAUGGCACGUGGCCAAGCGGCCGCACCAGAUGAACAAAUUUAGCGAAAGGGCCCCGAAAACAACCAACAAACAAGCAAGCAAAAGCAACAACAUCCGCUUCCGCUGCUCCGCUGCAACAAAUAUCGCUCUGUCCGUCCGAUGAACCUUCCGCCUGUUUGGGCGCACCUGCUUGCCUCUUGUGGCAGCAGAUUGGAACCUCAUAACAGUUGGGUGGUCCAUCAGAUGGGUCCGGUCCUAAAGUAUGAGGAGUGGUUCUGUUGCGGCUGGACAGCGGUAAUACUUGGCAAUACUUCAACAAAGGUCAACUGCAACCCACUACAACUACAUGCAAUCAUUCACACACACACACACACACAACACACACACAUACAAAAAACAAACAAAAACGUAACUAAGUCCUAUGUUUAUUUUUAAUUAUUGUUCAAUUCUAAGAAUAAUACAUUAAAAAUUAAUAAUAAUAAAUUAUAUAUAUAUAUAAUUAUGAUUUUUUGUGAUAAGAGACGGUAAUACAACAAUUACGGUAUUGAUAUACAUAAUAUAUACAGAAUAUAUAUAUAUAGAAAUGAGAAGAGAUCAAGAAAUCAUUAAACUUAUACAUAUUAACAUGAGAAGUUGUUAUAAAAACGUACGAAAAAAGCAAGACAACAACCAACCAACACACACUUUUUCCGCUGUUAUUGUAUAGUAAAGAAAUAUAAUUAUAUAUAUCAAAUAUAUAUUAUGUAUAAAAUAUUAACGAGAAAUUGUAGUAGCAAAAUUAUAAACCAACCAGCAAACAAACAAACAAAAGUCGUGCAAGCAAAACCCAGAAAACGCGUAGACGGCGGUUGCAGAUGGAACCCUCAUCCAACAGUCAGAACAACCGAACAUCCAAUCAUCCAAAACUCAAGUCUACGAGAAAAUCCAACAAAAAAAAUUGUAAAAUCCUACAAAUUAGAAGUUAUGUGAGCAACACACAUUAAUUAAAUUAUAACCUAUCGACAGCAA